GACGCGCUGCUGGGUAUAGAGUCGAGACUAUCUCAUGCGCGCUCCUGCCGUGCUGGUAAACAAGACCAGGAGCUCCUCGUUCCUGGAGGGUGCUCACGAUGGGGAUCAAAGGGCUCCAUGGCCUUCUGAAAUCGAUCCAGAAACCAGUACAUCUAAGGGACUUCAGCGGUCAAACGCUGGGGGUCGAUGCGUAUGGAUGGCUACAUCGUGGGACCAUUGCGUGCUCGAUCGAUCUGGUCCUCGAUAGGCCGACAACAAAGCACAUCGAUUUCGUGCUCAAUCGCGUUCGGAUGCUGCUGUAUUUUGGUGUCAGGCCCUACCUAAUCUUCGACGGCGAUGAUCUGCCAAGUAAGGCUGGAACCGAAGCUCAGCGGCAGCAGAGACGACAGGAGAGUAAAGCAUUGGGUCUGGAUUUGAAACGAAAGGGCAAGAUCGCGGAGGCGUACCAGGAGCUGCAAAAGGCCGUCGAUGUCACCCCGUAUAUGGCUCGCCAGUUGAUCGAGGAACUAAAGAAGAUGGACGUCCAGUACGUUGUGGCACCGUACGAAGCGGACGCACAAAUGGUAUACCUGGAACGCGAGGGGAUCAUCAACGGCAUAAUCUCUGAAGACUCGGAUUUGCUUGUCUUCGGCGCCAAAAGACUCUUGUCGAAACUCGACCAACACGGCGACUGCAUUGAGAUUAACCGAGCCAACUUCUCAGCCUGUCGCGAAGUCAGUCUGGCCGGGUGGACCGACGACGACUUCCGGCGCAUGUGCAUUCUGAGUGGGUGUGAUUACCUGCCCAACAUCCCAAAAAUGGGUCUGAAGACUGCAUACCGUAGCAUUCGCAAAUACAAGGACGUGGAGAAGGCCUUGCGCAUGCUGAAGUUUGAAGGACACUUCCGUGUCCCGGCGGAUUAUCUGCAGAAUUUCGCGCAGGCGGAGCGCACCUUUCUCUAUCAGCGAGUGUUCUGUCCCAAAGCGGGGAAGCUGGUGACAUUGACACCACUGGACACCAGCAUUGAGCUUGAAGAGCUUACGUUCAUUGGAGACGACGUCGAACCAGAAAUUGCCGUCCAGGUCGCCCGAGGAGAUCUUGACCCCAUGUCAAAGGAGCCGAUCGUGUUGAAACCAAUCAACCCGCAGAAAGUCCCAAGUGGAAUUGUUAGGAGGCAAACACUGGGCUCGUCCGCCGACCUGAAGCCCAGCAAGCCUAUUAGUUCUUUUUUCACCCCGAAACGUACACCUCUGGCGGAACUUGACCCGAACAGCCUAUCGCCAUCCCCGAGUCAACAACGACUUCUGCAGCGCCAUGCCAGCUCCUCCUGGGAGGCCAGCCCUGCUCCCGUCCGUCCCAGCCUUCUGCGGUCUGCAACUUCCUUCACCCCGCGCUCUAGUCCGCUGGUGAGAAGCGCUGAGCGUGACUCGUUCCUGGCACAAGCUUCUCGGGUAUCAACUGUUCAACCCGUGAAGCGGCAAAGACUCUGCUUCGAGACCGAAGAGGAAGCUGUCCCUUCUCGUCCAGUCAACAAGAGUCCGUUCUUUGCGGCCACCACUGAAGAGGCCAGCCCCAGUGGACAGAAGAUGCUCCGCGGCAAGAAAUCUCGAAAGUCUUGUCUUGAUGUGUUCUCUGACGAUCAAGCUGCGGAAGACAUUAUGUCUCAGCUUACGGACCCUGUCAAGCCUGAUAAUAAGGCGAUGAAAAUUUCAGAAAGGAGCAACGUUUCCAGACCUGAUUCACAGAAACAAGAGGAGCAAGAACUGGCAUCAGCAAUGGAAUCCGAUCCGCAUGGAUCAGACAAAGGGGCCUCGGUGCCACCAGUAGCCUCUUGCAAGACUGUCAGUAUUGACUCAGAUCCCAAACUAUUUCACCAGGUACUGGGUUAUCACGUCAAGAAGCAAAACACCGCUUUGCUCGCCAAAUACGCGUUUCAGUCACCUGCUGCCAACACUGCCCCGUCAACGAUCACCUGGGGAGCUCAAGAAGGCUCGCCGAAGCGCCAGCGGUUGACGCCUCUGCAGCGACUCGGACAGACUGCAUUAUCCCGGUCGCGAUCUCUCAACCUUCCGCGAACGAAAGCUGUCGUUCGCACCGCGAGCGAUCCCAGCCAGAUGGCACCCAUGAGACUCGUAUCUACGCCCUUGAACCGGGGUAGCGAGGAUAUGAUCAUUCCUGAUAGCGAGGAAGAGGCCGAGGAGGAUUGUUCGCCGACCACCAACGCCCGCCGGGGGACAUUGGAUCUCAAACGGUUCUCUUUUGUUCCGCAAUAGGCUACCUGCAUCAUUCUACCUACCAUCAUCAUCAUUCGCAUGCAUUGGACCACCAUGGCGUUGGGGUUCGUUCCUAUUGGAUUACUUGUAAUCUGGUUUACUCUUCACACUUGGACUCCUAGGUUUAGUGUUUCAUUAGCUACUCCGUACUGCUAUCAUUAGAGUCUUCAUGUCAAUCCUUACCUGGUGGUUAAUUACCCUGUACCACAUAGAC